AGAUGUGUAAGUUACCCAUGCCUUGGGCACUAAUACACCCCUAUACCAUCACAGAUGCUGGCUUUUCAACUUUGCGCCUAGAACAAUCCGGAUGGUUCUUUUCCUCUUUGUUCCGGAGGUCACCACGUCCACAGUUUCCAAAAACUAUUUGAAAUGUGGACUGGUCAGACCACAGAACACUUUUCCACUUUGCAUUGGUCCAUCUUAGAUGAGCUCGGGGGCCCAGCGAAGCCGGCGACGUUUCCGGGUGUUGUUGAUAAAAUGGCUUUGCAUAGUAGAGUUUUAACUUGCACUUACAGAUGUAGCGACCAACUGUAGUUACUGACAGUGGUUUUCCGAAGUGUUCCUGAGCCGGUGUGGUGAUAUCCUUUACACGCUGAUGCCGCUUUUUGAUGCAGUACUGCUUACGUGCAGUGAUUUCCCCAGAUUCUCUGAACCUUUUGAUGAUAUUACGGACUGUAGAUGGUGAAAUCCCUAAAUUCCUUGCAAUAGCUGGUUGAGAAAGGUUGUUCUCAGACAAUUUGUUCACGCAUUUGUUGACAAAGUGGUGUUUCUCGCCCCGUCCUUGUUUGUGAAUGACUGAGCAUUUCAUGGAAGCUGCUUUUAUACCCAAUCAUGGCACCCACCCGUUCCCAAUUAGCCUCUUCACCUGUGGGAUGUUCCAAAUAAGUGUUUGAUGAGCAUUCCUCAACUGUCUCAGUCUUUUUUGCCACUCGUGCCAGCUUUUUUGAAACAUGUUGCAGGCAUUUGCAAAAAAAUAACAAAGUUUACCAGUAGGAACGUUAAAUAUCUUGUCUUUGCAGUCUAUUCAAUUGAAUAUAAGUUGAAAAGGAUUUGCAAUAUAAUAUGUGUGUAUAUUUAUACUGUGUACUGUUUGUGUGUAUUUGUUUCCACUGAAUAUUUCUACUGUAUACUUUACGUGUGUGUGUGUGUGUGUGUGUCUGUGUGUGUGUGUGUGUGUGUCCACAGAUACACCAAGAUGAAGACGGCCACCAACAUCUACAUCUUCAACUUGGCUCUGGCCGACUCUUUGUUCCUCGCCACUUUACCUUUCCAGGGCACCGACGUCUUUCUGGGCUUCUGGCCGUUUGGCAACGCUCUGUGCAAAGCAGUCGUGUCCAUCGACUACUACAACAUGUUCACUAGUACUUUCACGCUCACCGUCAUGAGCAUGGACCGCUACGUGGCCGUCUGUCACCCCGUCAAAGCUCUCGACAUGAGGACGCCUCACAAGGCCAAAGUGGUGAACAUCUGCGUGUGGGUGUUGGCUUCAGCGUUCGGCGUUCCGGCCAUGGUGAUGGGAAACGUGGAGGAGGAACAAGAGCAUAAUAGCGUGGAGUGCAUCGUGGUCCUGCCGGAGCCGCGCAGCCACUGGGACCCGGUCUUCGGCACGUGCGUCUUCCUCUUCUCCUUCCUCAUCCCGGUGGCCAUCAUCAGCGUGUGCUACAGCCUGAUGGUCAAGCGCCUGCGCAGCGUGCGCAUCCUGUCGGGCUCCAAGGAGAAGGACCGCAACCUGCGGCGCAUCACCCGCAUGGUGCUGGUGGUGGUGGCCGUGUUCGUGGUGUGCUGGACCCCCAUCCAGAUCAUGGUCCUGGCCCAGUCCCUGGGCUUCAACCUGAGCAGCCUGUCCACGCUGGUCCUCAUGCACUUCUGCAUCGCGCUGGGCUACGUCAACAGCAGCCUCAACCCCGUGCUCUACGCCUUCCUGGACGAGAACUUCAAGCGCUGCUUCCGCGAGUUCUGCCAGCCCUCGCCGUUCCGCCUGGACACGCAGCAGUCGGGCCGCAUGCGGAGCAUCGCCAGGGAGGUGGCGGCCGCCUACAGCUGCAAGGCCGGCGACGGCGGCGGGCCCGGCGGCGGCACGCCCAAUCCCGCGUGACUAGGCGUGGAGCUGCCCCUGGUGGGGGUGGACCACCAGCAGAGGGGCGACACGCCGGGGACGGGGAACUCCAACACGGAGCUGACUCAGAUCACGGCGCUCUAGCGCCACGAGCCCCCCCGGCCCCCGACCCGACGGCUGGCCUGGGGCGGGGGGGAGUCCGACGAGGACGACGCCGCCGACGGGAAAAGGAUCUGAGGACAACCCCGAGGAGGACGCUGUUCCGACUUUUGGUGCUUUUUAAAACUUGGAGGCGGGGCUUGUAACAGGAAGUGUGGUGUGUACAUGCCUUAAAAGGACAUGAAGGAAAUAAGCGGUAUGUACACUAUUUAAAACUCCACGAUGCAUUCAGGAAACUGGGAAUUCCAAGUCUUCGCAUUCCACUUUGCGUUUAUGGCUCGGCCAUAAAUGUGCUUUUUGAAGCUUGGAGGCGGGGCUUGUAACAGGAAGUGUGGUGUGUACAUGCCUUAAAAGGACAUGAAGGAAAUACGCGGUAUGUACACUAUUUAAAACUCCACGAUGCAUUCGGGAAACUGGUAAUUCUAAGCUUUCGGACUCCGCUUUGCGUUUAUGGCUCGGCCAUAAACGUGCUUUAUAAAACUUGGAGGCGGGGCUUGUAACAGGAAGUGUGGUGUACAUGCCUUAAAAGGACAUGAAGGAAAGACACGGUAUGUACACUAUUUUAAACCCCACGAGGCGUUCAGGAAACUGGGAAUUCUAAGCUUUCGGACUCCGCUUUGCGUUUAUGGCUCGGCCAUAAACGUGCUUUUUAAAGCUUGGAGGCGAGGCUUGUAACAGGAAGUGUGGUGUGUACAUGCCUUAAAAGGACAUGAAGGAAAGACACGGUAUGUACACUAUUUAAAACUCCACGAUGCAUUCAGAAAACUGGGAAUUCCAAGCCUUCACACUCCACUUUGCGUUUAUGGCUCAGCCAUAAACGUGCUUUUCAAAACUUGGAGGCGGGGCUUAGAACAGGAAGUGUCGUGUGUGGGAAUUGAAGGAAAUAGGCGGUAUGUACAGUUUUUAAAACUCCACGAUGCAUUCAGGAAACUGGGAAUUCCAAGCUUUCGGCCUCCACUUUGCGUUUAUGGCUCGGCCAUAAACGUGCUUUUCAAAACUUGGAGGCGGGGCUUGGAACAGGAAGUGUCGUGUGUGGGAAUUGAAGGAAAUAGGCGGUAUGUACACUUUUUAAAACUCCACGAUGCAUUCAGGAAACUGAGAAUUCCAAGGCUUCGGACUCCACUUUGCGUUUCUGGCUCGGCCAUAAACGUGCUUUUGAAACUUGGAGGCGGGGCUUGUAACGGGAAGUGUGGUGUGUACAUUCCUUAAAAGGACAUGAAGGAAAGACACUAUUUUAAACUCCAGGAGGCAUUCGGGAAACUGGGAAUUCCAAGC